AUGUUGUCGGCCUUUACAGCUCGGCCCAUCAUCGAGCUGAAGCAGCGAGACAAAAGCAAGAUCGAAACAAUACUCGCCUACGGCGACCGCAUCCUCGUCGGUCUCAACAGCGGCGCACUGCGCGUCUACCGCCUCAACGAACUCCCUCCCCCCGAGCCCAACGGCUCUGCCCACACCAACCCGCUCGACGGCGACGACGAUGCGUCCCUGACGCCGCAGCCGCCGCAGCCGGCGCCAAAGCCGACCGAUCUGCUGCGCGAGGUGGAGAAGUUCUCGACGCGCGCCAUUGAACAGCUCGCCAUCAUCAAGGAGGCCACGACCCUCGUCUCGCUGUCCAACUACUACAUCUCCCUGCACAACCUGCAGACGUACGAGCUGAUCGAGACGCUGUCGCGCACGAAGAAUGCGUCGUGCUUCGCCGUCACCUCCAACAUUGUCAAGGACCCAGACACUGGCAUCCCCGAGAUCAUCAGUCGGCUGGCCGUGGCUGUUCGGCGGCGGCUGCUGCCCGGGAUCCAGCGCCUCCGGGGGGCAGGCGAGCCGCUUCGGCGCUGUCAGCAGCGCUGGAAUGGGGUACAUGGGCCUGGGCGGCUACAUGCCCAAGCGCUGGGCGCGAAGCUGGCCGAGGGCGAGAUGCUGCUGGCAAAGGACAUUAAUACGCUCUUCAUCACGGACGAGGGGAAGCCGGUCGAGAAGAGACAGAUUCCGUGGCAGGCAGCGCCGGAUUCGAUUGGAUACUCGUACCCCUACAUCGUGGCGCUGCAGCCACCGGCAAAGGGGUCCCUGGAAGUCAGGAACCCGGACACGUUGUCGCUGCUGCAGACCCUGGCUCUUCCUGGCGCUGCGCAGUUGCAUUUCCCGCCUCCGAAUCUCAGCUUGGCCCACGCCGGCAAGGGCUUCCACAUCUCGAGCGAACGGUCAGUGUGGAAAAUGGAUGCCACCGACUACGACUCGCAGAUUGACGAGCUCGUGGAGAAGGCUAAAUACGAUGAAGCCAUCAGCAUACUGAACAUGCUAGAAGACGCCUUGCUGAAGGACAAGACAGAGACGCUCCGCGAGGUCAGCAUGCUCAAGGCGGAAGCAAUGUUCAAGCAGAAGAAGUUCAGGGAUUCGAUGGACCUCUUCAACGAGGACCACGUGCCCGCUCCGCCGGAACGCGUUCUGAAGUUGUACCCGCCGGCGAUAUCAGGUGAGCUCUCUGGCUGGGGGCAGUCCCGUCAGGACGAGGCAGAAGAAGACAAACACGACGGUGAUGGCUCGACAAAAGACACCAACGGGGACUCGCCGAGUUCUGAGAACCCACCAGAGACGGCAGCAUCGCCGGUCAAGGCGACUGGCGGGUUCGCGAAGCUCUUCCUGGGACAUCGCAAGGCUCCAGCGUCAGACACCGCAUCCAUCGCAUCUAAGAAGCUUGGUACGGAUGUAGAGGACGCGCCGAGCAUCAAGGGCAAGUCUUCUGACGAUUUGUCACUUGAGGAGAAGGAUCUGGCAGAUGCUGUUCAUGCAUUGACUGGCUAUCUCGUGGGAACCCGGACACGGCUUCAACGCGUCAUCGAUCCGGUCACUACGAAAUUGAAGCGGUCUGACACAAACGGCUCAACAGAAGAGGCCAUCAAGAACCUGAUGCCAACGUCAUCCGACGAGUCGGAUGCGCAGCGCGAAGGCGAGCUUCAGAGGACCUUCAGGCUCGUCGACACAACCCUUUUCCGAGCUUACAUGUACUGGCGGCCCCAGCUAGCAGGUUCCCUGUUUCGCAUUCCCAACCUGUGCGACCCCGAAGUGGUCAACGAGAAGCUACUAGAGCAUAACAGGUUCACGGAGCUGGUCGACUUCUUCUACGGCAAGAAGCUGCACUCACAGGCAUUGGAGCUGCUCAAGCGAUUCGGUGCAGCGGAGAAAGCCGACGAGGCAGCGCCGACAUUGCACGGUCCCGAGCGCACCAUUGCCUACCUGCAGAACUUGCCUCCGCACGAGAUCGACCUGAUUAUUCACUAUUCGGAAUGGACACUGAAACGCGACUCGGAGCAUGCGAUGGAAGUUUUCAUCGCAGACUCCGAGAACGCCGAGACGUUGCCUCGUGACCGUGUUGUCACCUUUUUGAGGAGGAUCGACGCCCGUCUCGAGCUGCAAUACCUCGAGCACAUUAUUGGCGAGCUCGACGACUCGACACCUGACUUCCACAAUCGGCUGGUGGAGCUCUACAUUCAGCUACUCCGGGAAGGCUCCAGCGAAGGGAGUCAAGACGAUCUCAUGGUGCGGUUUGUGGAGUUUUUGCGGGAAAGCAAGCAGUACAGCCUCGGCAAGGCUUACGGGCUCAUCCCUCGAGACGAAACGACGAUUCGAGUACAUCGCCGGAAACGGUCGCGACCUUCCUCACCCGAGGACAAGGACGAAGACACUCCCUCCAUCUACCACACGCUACUGUCACUCUACCUGACACCACCGGCACCUCACAAGACGGCCCUCGAACCGGCCCUGGAUCUUCUGUCAAAGCACGGCUCACGUCUCCCCGCCACGUCAACCAUGUCACUCAUCCCGAGUACCCUGCCGGUGAGCGAGCUCGAAUCAUACUUCCGCGGCCGUAUCCGCUCGGCCAACAGCGUGGUCAACGAAUCUCGCAUCGUUGCGGGCUUGCGGGCGACGGAGUACAUCUCCAGCCAAGCCCUUCUCUUACUGGGCGACGGCAUCCCUGGCGGACAGGGCGGUCGUAAUCGGCGUGUCGUCAUCACCGACGAGCGGCUCUGUGGCGUGUGCCACAAACGCCUCGGCGGCAGCGUCGUGUCGGUGCUGCCAGACAACACGGUGGUCCACUACGGAUGCCUGAACAGGGCGACGGCGCAGAAGUCGGACGGCCAGAAGGCGGGAAGUUGGGGGCGAAUGCGCUCGUCGACGCGAGACCGGCCAAGCGUUGUCGGUAACGGUGGGGAAGGAACCUGGCAGCCGACGAGUCCCUCAACGCGGGAGCGAGAGGCACCUCAGGGCGGCGGUGAAGGCACAUAUGUGUUCUCCUGA